AUGCAGCGGCUUCUGUGCAGCCGCAGCAAGCAGCGCCAGGUCUUGCUGCAUUGGCUGUUGCUGCUACUGCUGUCGCUGCUGCUGCUGCUGCUCGCGACAGCACUACCAGGAUGCAGCUACUUUGGGCUUGCAAGCAGCACUAAGACAAGGUGGGGGGUUGGCACCUAUGCGUUCCUCUUGAGCCCGCAGCCGCAUCUCAGCAGCUCGAGUGGCAGCAACUGGGAGAGUGCAGCACAGCAGCCGCAGCAGCGCCGCUCCUUGUAUAAUGAGGCCUGCAGCAGCAGAAGCUGCAGCAUUAUCACCGGCGGCAGACUUUCAGGAGAGACUAGGCUCUGGGUUCGCAAGUUUUUGAAUUUGCGAGACCCGGAGGAGCCCCGGCCUGAGGUGGAGGAGGUGGCGUGGGAGGACAUGAAGCCCAAGGUGGAGGUGUUGGCUUUAAAGGUGGGCAUGACGUGCGUCUUCGCUUCCGAUGGGGCUACAGAACCCGCUACGCUUUUGCAGGUCCUCCCUGCCACCAUCGUGCAGUUUCUAGAAUACGGAAAAGCCUUAGUGGCCUUCGGUGAGAUCCCCAUCAGCAUCAGCAACAGUAGCAACAGCAGCAACAGUAGCAACAGCAGCAGCAGCAGCAACAACAGUAGCAACAGCAGCAGCAGCAGCAGUAGCAACAGUAGCAACAGCAGCAGCAGCAGCAGUUCAGGGUUGGGGGGGUACAUCCCUCGUGUAGGAAGCAGUGGCAUCAGCACGAGCACGGCGGGGGCUCGGAGCAGAGGCAGCGGGGGCAGCAGCACCAUGGCUGCGGUGUACGCACAGCCAGCAGCAGAUUAUGUUCUGGGGCAAAUCCUUGACGCCUCUGCGCUGGUGGGCGCAGCCCGCGUUACCGUCAAGGGCCGCCCCAAGAAGAAAGGCUUUGAGGGCGUCAUGCAGCGACACGGAUUCAAAGGGGGCCCCGCAACGCACGGGUCGAAGCACCACCGGGGCCCCGGGUCUGUGGGGGCGGGAACGGAUCCCGGUCGAGUGUUACCGGGGACGCGUAUGGCAGGGAGAGACCCGAAGCAGAGCAGCACGGUGAGAGAUUUGCUGCUGCUAGGCCUCAACCUCAAGACAAAUGCCCUCUUAGUUAAGGGCUCUGUGCCUGGACACUCCGGACGAACCAUUCUAAGAGUACAGUGGGACAGGGCCAGAGAACAGCAGCGCGAGCUGCGCCAGCGCCUUGCGAAGGCUGCAGCAGAUGAAUUCAUUGAACAGAAAAAAGGCAAGCCAGCUGGAUAG